AUGCGCAUCGCUGCCCUCAUUGUCGUUCUCGUCUCCGUAGCAGGUAUGACUGGCCGUACAGCCGAUGAGGUUGAGCCUAAUGGGCAGUACUGUGAGAACUCGUGUGCGCAGACUGUGGGCUGCGCUGAGUCGUACUGUAAAGAUAAUGGUGUCUGCUUCGGCCUUUACCAUAAGGAUGAGGGUAAAUGCUUCCAGCCAGCCUCUGAGUACAACGCUGAUUGCGACGACUCUGUUCUACAACCCGUUCUCUGUCACGAGUAUCCUGACACAACUUGUCAGGAAGUAUGUGAUGGUAUGGUUGGUUGCAAGGAUUCUUCCUGGGGAUCUUACUGUAAGUUUUGGCAGGACCCUCCAGUGUGUUUUGGCAUCAUCGUCAAGGAGGAUGGCAGCCUCUGUCACGCCAGUGGCGACGAGGAAUGUGUCGGAGAGCCCUACCCAUGUCAUAUGGUGACCGUUGGUCCAACUCCAGUGACCACCGAAUAUCCUAUAUCUAAUACCACUGAGUAUGUGGACACGACUGAGUAUGUUGAUACCACUGAGUAUGUUGAUACCACUGAGUAUGUUGAUACCACUGAGUAUGUUGAUACCACUGAGUAUGUUGAUACCACUGAGGCUGUUGAUACCACUGAGGUUGUUGAUACUACUGCUCCUCAUAAUACUACCGUUCCAACCGAUGACAUCGUCGGAACGUGGUGUGGUGAUUCGCCGUUUGGAUAUUUGGAGUUGUUAUUCGAUACUUAUUCAGUCUCUAUCUACUUGGCUGGUCAGUACUUCCACUCUGAAUAUAAUUUGAACGAGAGGGAAGUAAUUCUUGUCAAUCCUGAUAAUAGUUUGAUCACCUUCUUGAAUGAGAGAAAUACUAGAAUGAUUACUGAGUACUACGCCUACGAGAUGUAUAUCGAAUUCGUCGAGGUGACAACUGUCGUCGCUGUCAAAUGUUCCUAA